AUGCUUCUUCGUGUUCUCUUUCUCUGCCUUCUGGCAUCUCCAAUUCUUGUUCAUCCUGCGAAAAAAACCUGCCUUCUCUGUCACCAGUUGCUUACAUUCAAUGGCGACAAAAUUGAAACUGAGAUUCGCGAGGAAAUGCAAAAGAAUCUGAGUCGUAUUCUUGGUAUCGAACCGUCUGAACAUUGUCUAGUAGGGGAUCCAGAAAAAGUGAAACAGGUCUCUUGUGAUGGGCCUUGUCUCAGUUCUGUGGCCAUCGAUAACAGUAAGUCUGGGAGCUUUACUAGUCCGUUCGUAAAGUCGCUGGAAUGUUUUCGGCGACAUGCACUCCGCGAAACCGAAAGUUCACUUUGCACUGUGCAAUUUUUGGCUUUUUGCACAGUGCUAUAGGCUUUUUCGAGCUGUCGCUCGCACCCUGAGUUUUUUCGCACAGUGCACGUCGCCGAAAUCAUUCCAGCGACUUUACGAACGGACUGAUAUUAUUGGACAGUUUUAUUAUAGUUGGAGCUCAAUACCUUAUCCGCCAAUGUGCCCCUCCAGAAAGCGGAGAAGUGAGUAAAUAAUGCGUCGAGUGAGUUGUUUUAGUUGUUGGAUCCCGGAGAAUGCGUCGGAGUCAAGAAUGAAAAAGGCUCGGCUGGAGUCUGCUCAUGUGAAGGACAUCAAUGUAACUCUGGCAUCAUGAAACGUGAAAUUGAAGCUGCCCGGUCCGCAAAAGUUGAUGAAUGA